AUGAACGCCUUAUCCUUUCCUUCUGUGUCCAGAGCACCAGAGCCAACAUUUUCAACAAACUAAUUAAUAAAUCCUUAGAUUAACUAUUAAUAAAUUCCUCUUUACUACAACUUGAUGGUCCCUAACAUGCAGUCAAGCUUUCAAUAACAAAUUAUCAUGCCUUAAAAUUUAAAUAGCAUUCCAAACAAUUCUUAAUAAUAACAAUAAGGAUUUUAGUAAUAGUAUUUUUCUCAUAUCUUAGAACAAAAUGAAUAAAAAUAGUAAUAGCAAUUAAAAAAAGCCUAACUUAUUAAUAAUUUACAACAAAAAAUAAAUUUAAUGAGCUAAAUUUUAUAAAUUUCUUCUGAAGAAAUAAUUUCUCUUAUUUAGGAUAACAUUUGCAUGUGUUGCAGAAAUUCUCUCACAGAUAAAAAUUGUUUGGAGAGCAACUAAGAAUCGAUAGCUGAAAAAGAAAAAUUAUUUAAUUUAUCAAGUACAUAAAUCUCACAAUAAUCAUUAAAGGAAUUUCAUUCUAAUUAAUCUAUAACCCAUUAAUAAUAAAACAACAAGAGUUAAUUAGAUAAAUAGUCUGAAAUUAAUAGACAUCAGGAUACUCUUGUUAUUUAAUUUGAUAAAAAUCUAAAUAAAUUUAGAGACUCGAUUACCUCUAAAUCAUAAAGAACAACCAUUUCAAACGAAAUUAAUAAUAAAUGCUUUGAAGGACUUAAUGGUUUUUAGUAAGAAAGCUAUGACGAGCAAGAAAAUGAUACAGAUUGUAGUAAAGAAGAGUCUAAUUCCAAAAUAACCCUUUAAUAAAAUAUUAAUCACAUGAUGAACUCCUAGGCUGAAAAAGCAUCUAGUAAUUCAACUCAGUCUUUCUAUGCAUAAAUUAAAGUUGAAGCCAAGGAAGUCAGUCCACUAUAAACUCAAGCCAGUACUCCUUAGGUUCAAGAUAUCAUAAACCCUGAGAAAAAGUAAGCCUAGUACGCUUUGUUGAAAAAGGGUAUCUAAAAGUAAAGUAAAGAUGUUAUUACUAACAAAAAGAAACUAUAUUUUUUGAAUACAUCUGAAUAAAAAGUCGACGAUCUAGACAUGUAAAAAUAACAAUAAUAAUCAAAUAACUUAAUUUCCUCCACCUUAUGCACAUCCUUAUAAAUAUAAAAACCACAAUCAUAAACUUCCUAAAUAUCUUUAAACUCAAACUAAACAAUUUUCAAAAUAAAUGAAAUGAAUUAAAAAUACUUAGCUCAAGUUGCUUUUGAUGAUGACGAUGAGUAAAAUAAGCAAAAAAAAGAGUACUAAAAUGAUAGUAACUACACCAAAAACCUUCUAAAAGGAUUCAGAAGGGUAAUUAUUAAAAAUUAUGGAUCUAACCUUGAAUUCAUUUCUGAUUUCAAAAAAUAUUUUGACUCAUUUUCUUUAAAUAACGAAUUUAUUUUGAAGCUCUUCUCUGAUUCACCUUAUUCUGUUUACUUUUCUGAAUUCCUUUAAACUGAUCCCUCUUGGUGGAUGAAAGAGGCUCGUAUAAAAGAUACUGACAACUAGCUCGAGUUCUUUGAAAUUUGUAAGAGACGUUAAUUUUCUUUAAUCCGCACUAAGAGAAAAAAAUUCAUCCGCCCUAAAUUAAUUUGA